UUUAUCUUUUGCAGGUCAAAGGCAUGUAUAAUGGAUCACCAGACAUUAUUAUCUUUAUGUCUGAACAUCAAGUUCGUAGCUUCGAAGAUAGCAAUAAAAUUUCAACAGUUGAAGACAAUGUCACCUAAUGUGAGACUUAAAACUGCAACAAGAAAUUAUUCUACUUCAAACCAUGCAAGUCAUGACACUUAUUUGACUUUCAGAAUCUUACGAAGGCAGCAUUUACUUGAUUAAGCAUGGAAGAUAAUUAUACGGCUAUUUAUUUCAACGCAAGUGGCAUUUACAACGCUUUUUCCAUUGACUAUAAUCUUUUUCGGCAAUCUUUAAAUGGAACCGAAGAACUAAAUUUAACUUACCAGAAUGACUCAUAUCCGUGGCCGAAUGGGGGGGAUGACUACGAUGGAGAAUGGAAUGGCUCUGAGUACCCUAGCGGGUAUUCCCAUCUCAGAAUCAUUUUGACGUCAUUUUUUGUGACAGUCAUCAUGAUUCUCAUAGUGGUGGGAAAUAUGCUGGUAUGCAUUGCCAUAGCCACUGAAAAAGCUCUUAAGACGGUCCAGAAUUGGUUCAUUGCCUCGUUAGCCGUAUCUGACUUCCUUGUCGGCCUGAUAGUAAUGCCUUUCUCGCUGGCCAAAGAAGUUAUGGGCUAUUGGAUCUUUGGGACAAUUUGGUGUGAAAUCCAUUCCGCUCUCGAUGUUUUCCUGUGCACGGCCUCUAUUAACAGUCUCUGCCUUAUAAGUUUGGACAGAUAUUGGUCAGUGACGCACGCAGUCGAGUAUCUCAGGAAACGAACUCCUCGCCGGUCGAUUGCCAUGAUUUGUGGUGUCUGGGUGCUAUCGGCCAUCAUAUCCUUGCCUCCGCUGGUCGGUUGGAAGAAGCCAGAAAAGCCUUCCAAUUACCCGGAGUGCUUGCUGAGCGAUGAUGUUGGUUACGUGUUAUACUCGGCGUUCGGUUCCUUUUAUGUUCCCGCUUUCGUCAUGGUAUUUGUUUACUGUAAAAUAUUUGUAGCAGCCAGAUCAAGAGCCAGGCGGCACUUAAAAAAGAAACAGAAAGCAGUGUCAUCCGUUGCGACAGAACUUACGAAUGAUCCCAUUAGGGAUAAAUCUACGACAACGACCACGUGCACGAGCUUCAGUAAUGCAAGUCCUCCAGAUCGUUCAAAAGACUUUGAAACAUUCUCUCCCAUUCCUGAACUGCCAAAAAUACCUGAAAGUAAUGGAACCCGAUCUGAAGUGGGUGUAUCUCCAGUAGUUGUAGUUGAAGCGCCAGAAAUAAUCAUCGAGAACUCUGCAGAUGGGUGUUCUGAUACGCAGGAAACGGAGAGUUUUCAAACACCUCAGAUCAGGUUUCCUGAUGCCGACGUACAGAGAGUAACUUUUAAGGAGGACAUUCGAUCAGAAACGAACAGCUUGUGCAAGUCUUCGUCGUCUAAUAUAGACAAGCAAGUUAGUGAAUCGACCGAAAAGUGCCACCUUUUUGUUAAAGAAACUCAAGGAAGGAGAACAUCUCUGCUCAAAGCUCCUAAAUUUUUGAAAUCUCCUUUUGGAUCAACCCUCUCUCUAGCCGAUCUGGGUAGAUCCGAGGAGGAUGUCAGUGAUAUGGGAGAUGGGUCUAAUACUUCAAAAAAGAAGAAAAAGAAAAAAAGAGGCAAAAUGCCUCCUGAAGAAAUUCCAAAAAGGCCACCUACUUCCGAAGCCGAAAGGCAAAAAAGAAGAAUAGCAAAGGCGAAAGAAAGAAGAGCAACUCUCAUACUAGGUCUCAUUAUGGCCUCAUUCAUAUUAGCAUGGUUACCAUUUUUUGUAUUGUAUGUGCUAGAAGCGCUUUGCAAAGCAUGUGACAUUGGUCCGACAGGGUUUGCUGUAGCCUUUUGGUUAGGUUACUGUAACUCAGCUCUUAACCCAAUUAUUUACACAAUUUUCAAUCGGGACUUUCGUAAAGCAUUUAGAAAAAUACUUUUUAAGUAAGAAUUUAGUCUCGUUUGUAUAUUACGUUUACAUAAAUCAUCCAAGUCCAUAAAUAUUGUGUUUCUCAGACUUUAAAAAGAGAUGCAAUAUGGCAUAAGGACAACAUUAAGCCUUAGAUUCUUUUUGUCUAUUUCUGGCUGUGCACUACUCACUAGUAUAUGUUUGAUCGCUAAAGAAGAAAACAAUUACUUUUUGUUUCACUAUUUAUCUCAUAAUCACCUUUCAUUAAAUAUUAUGUGUGCUAGGCACACUUCGAAAAUCUCGCUAUCAAAAACAAAUUUCUUCAUCUCAUUGUCAGUAAAAUAAUGAAAAUAAAUUAAAAUAAAUACUGUUAUGAAUUUUAAUACUUAAUAUCUUGUCUUCCAUUUCGCCAAAGACAAGAAAGUGCCUGGAGAUAUGAAUAAUUACUUUUGAAAAAUAUGGGAGAUUUUAAUUUGACACCAAAGUUUCUUAACGAAAUUAAUACUUAAUAACACAAAUUAAUUUAAAUAUUCUGUCAAACUUUACACGAUUGAGUUAAAAAAUUUCACGUAUAAUUGAAAGAGGGUAUAAAUUUACUGAUAUGCUUCAAUGAUUGAAAUUGGAACUUUCAGUAUUGCCCCAUAUAUUCUCUGACUACAAGGUUAUUACUGGAUGGUGAUUUAAAUGAAUGUAUUUUCUUAAAGAAUUGUGUCUUGCAAGUUUAGUAGCAGAAAUAAGUUGAUCAAACCACACACAAAAUCCAUUUGUCAGUAUUUUACUAUUGUGAGACAAAAUUUGAAAAGGCAACAUUUUGAAGUAAUACUGACAUUUUUCAAAGUGUAUUAAAGUAGUAAGUUUUGAUUGAUUUCAUAAAGUUCACGGAAGGUAUUUGAUAUACGUAUAAAUAACAAAGUAAAAUUAAUAUUUAAAUUAAUGCAUUUAAAGUAUUCAUAAUUGUCUCAAUAUAUACCGCAGACUAAAAAAUUUCUGAAAAAAAAUUUUAAGCGUUGUUUUUUAAAUUUAAUGUAAAAAAUAGGAUCAUUCUAUUUUCAACACAAGAUAUUUAUGCUUUAAAGAAA